AUGAGGACACGCUAUAAAUAUGCCUCAACUCAGAGCUCUGAAAAUUAUUCGUUCCAUUGGCUGCCUUGCGUUCUCCUUCUGUUUUCUGCAUCAGCUUCUUUGUGUUGUGCGUAAUAUCAGUGACCAACUACUUUCUACUAAUCAAUCUUUCAUCAGUCAAAGUACAUGGUUGAAUUAGACAUCCAGAUUCCUUCUGCUUUUGAUCCAUUCUUUGAGGCUAAGGACUCAGGAGCCCCUGGGGCGAAGGAGUAUGUACACAUCCGCAUACAGCAGAGAAAUGGAAAGAAAAGCCUGACAACAGUGCAAGGGCUGAAGAAAACGUUCAGCUACGAGAAGAUCCUUAAAGACCUCAAAAAGGAAUUUUGCUGCAAUGGUACAGUUGUGCCAGACGAGGAAUUGGGGGGCAAGGUUAUUCAACUUCAAGGGGAUCAACGAAAGAACGUGUCAAAUUUCCUUGUUAAGGCUGGCAUUGUGAAGAAGGAGCAGAUCAAGAUACAUGGUUUCUGAGAGCUUUAUUCAAUACAUAUAUUAGUGCUUGUAGUUGUGGGUAUGUCAUGGGAGAUAUUAGGUAUAUGGGAUAACUGCGUUUGAUGGUUUGAUCCUCGUAUGCUCAGAGUCCUAGUUGGGUCUUUUCUUGUGUUCUUUUUGAGUCAGGUUGAGGUGGGGGGUCUGAGGCCUUUGCUCUCCUUACAUAUAUUUAUGUUGUAGGCGAGUUACUGGUUACUAUGGGAUGUAAUGAAUCAUUGAUCUCUGUUGUUUUGAAUAAACACCAUUAUUACUUAAAGCACGAUCAUUUUAUUUUUCUGUUUCA